UGAUCCGAGCAGCCACGACACACACAUGAUGUCAUGCGAGAGUUUAAUUGAAAAGCAAACAAAAAUGUUUUUUUUUGGCACUAAAAUCCUAUUUUUACAAGACACGGUAGGAGGCGGGGCUUCGUCAUCGGCGCGCAUGACGUCAUCCGGGUUUAAAGUGGGCCGCGCUUCUGCCACGGAGCAGCAGCAGCAGCGGCGGAGAGACGCGGACGCGGUGACCCGGGCUGCGCACGCUCAGGACGGCUUCAACUCAGUCCAAGCCACCGCUUGAACGCACCAUGUCGAGCUGUCACUUGAACACCUCCUGCGGCGGGAAAUAUCUCUUUUCUUGAGGGGGGGACAACUUUGCAUCUCGAGUGGCGUCUUUCGAAGAUCUGUGACCUGUCAUCACUUCUCCCAGAGCGUGUAGCGUACGUCUGAACACAAAGAGACAGCGAAGCGUCUACACAAGCACACAAACUCUACUAUUAGAUUGAGUCAUGGGGUCACUUGUUGCUCUGCCGGCCCUGCUCCUUGUUUUGGGCUUGACCUCUCACGUGUGGACUCUCAACCCCGACGACCCCAACGUCUGCAGCCACUGGGAAAGCUACGCCGUCACUGUCCAGGAGUCCUACGCACACCCGUUUGACCAGAUCUACUACACCAGGUGCACGGACAUCCUCAACUGGUUCAAGUGCACAAGGCACAGGAUCAGCUAUAAGACAGCUUACCGGCGGGGAGUGAGGACCAUGUAUCGGCGCCGCUCGCAGUGUUGCCCUGGUUACUUUGAGAGUGGAGACCUCUGUGUCCCUCUGUGCACAGAAGAGUGCGUCCACGGCCGCUGUGUGUCUCCAGACACCUGCCAGUGCGAGCCCGGCUGGGGCGGACUGGACUGCUCCAGUGGCUGCGAGAGCGACUUUUGGGGGCCUCAUUGCAGCAAUCGGUGCCAGUGCCAAAAUGAGGCUAAAUGCAAUCCCAUCACUGGAGCAUGUGUCUGCACCGAUGGCUACCAAGGAUGGCGCUGUGAGGAGCUUUGUGAGCCUGGCUACUACGGUAAGGCGUGCCAACUACCCUGCCAAUGUCUCAAUGGAGCCACCUGUGACCAUGAAACCGGAGAGUGCAUCUGUGCAUCGGGCUACACGGGUGCCUUCUGCGGAGAGCGCUGCCCCUAUGGCAGUCAUGGUCCGCAGUGUGAGCAAGGCUGCCCGUGUCAGAAUGGAGGUUCGUGCCACCACAUCACCGGCGAUUGUUCCUGCCCUGCAGGGUGGACCGGUUCUGUUUGUGCCCAACCGUGCCCUCUCGGCAAGUACGGCAUCAACUGCAGCAAGGACUGCUCCUGCCGCAACGGCGGCCUGUGUGACUACGUCACAGGCCAGUGUCAGUGUGCAGAUGGCUUCAGCGGGAGCAGGUGUCAAGAAGACUGCCCUGUGGACACCUACGGCCCACAGUGCAACCAGAAGUGUGACUGCCACAAUAAAGCCAAGUGUCACCACAUCAAUGGAGCCUGCCUGUGUGAAACUGGCUUUAAAGGCUCCAAUUGCCAAGAACGGUUCUGCCCCUCGGGCCUCUACGGCCUCAUCUGUGACAAGUACUGCCCCUGUAACGCCACCAACACUGUGAGCUGCCACCCACUUUCUGGAGAGUGCACCUGCGCGGCGGGAUGGACAGGACCUUAUUGCAACGAGACCUGCCCACCUGGCUACUUUGGGGAGGGAUGCAUGCUGCAGUGUAGCUGCACCAAUGGAGCUGACUGCCACCCCGUCACGGGGGCCUGCAUGUGUGCCCCGGGAUUUAUGGGUGAAGACUGUGCCACGGAGUGUCCUCCUGGUUUCUAUGGACCAAGCUGCAUGUCCACCUGCUCCUGCCACAACCAUGCCUCCUGCUCACCUUUCGAUGGAUCUUGCACCUGCAAGGAAGGCUGGCAGGGGGUGGACUGCUCUAUUCUGUGCUCCAGUGGUUGUUGGGGUCUGGGCUGCAAUCAGUCAUGCUUGUGUGCCAACGGCGCCGCCUGUGACCCGGUUGAUGGCACCUGUACUUGCUCCCCGGGCUGGAGGGGAGAACACUGCGAUGAGUCCUGUCCUGAUGGCACUUUUGGGCUGGACUGCAGGGAGCGCUGUGACUGCAGUCAUGCUGAUAGCUGCGACCCUGUGAGUGGGUACUGCCACUGCCACCCUGGCUGGACAGGAAUCCAUUGUGAUAACGUGUGCCCGCAAGGCUUCUGGGGGAGCAACUGUUCACUCAGCUGCCCAUGUCAGAACGGAGGCUCCUGCUCACCUGAGGAUGGAACGUGUGUCUGUGCACCUGGAUACAGAGGGACCUCCUGCAAAAGAACGUGCUCGCCAGGCUUCUACGGCCACCGCUGCAGCCAAUCAUGCCCGCGGUGUGUGCACAGCAUGGGUCCGUGUCAUCAUGCAACGGGCCACUGCGAGUGUCUCUCUGGUUUCUCGGGCCCCUUGUGCAACCAAGUGUGUCCCAGUGGCAGGUAUGGAAGGGCCUGUGCCGAAAUCUGCCGCUGCACCAACAAUGGCACCUGCAACCCCAUUGAUGGAUCUUGCCAGUGCUUCCCAGGGUGGAUUGGGCAGGACUGCUCUCAGGUCUGUCCCUCCGGCCACUGGGGCCCCGAUUGUCUCAACUCCUGCAACUGUCACAACGGCGCUCAGUGCAGCGCCUAUGAUGGAGAGUGCCGAUGCAGCCCUGGCUGGAAUGGACUCUACUGCACUCAGCGCUGUCCCUCAGGUUUCUACGGCCGAGACUGUUCCGAAGUGUGCCGCUGCCAGAACGGCGGCGAGUGCGAUCACAUCACCGGCUUGUGCGCGUGUCGAACCGGCUUUAUCGGGACGAGCUGCGAGCAGAAGUGUCCUGCUGGUACUUUUGGAUAUGGCUGUCAGCAGCUGUGUGAGUGCCUGAACAAUGCUACCUGUGACUAUGUCACGGGAACAUGCUACUGCAGCCUGGGCUAUAAAGGCAUCCGUUGUGACCAAGCCUCGCUCAUGAUGGAGGAGCUGAACCCCUACACCAAGAUUAGCCCGGCUCGAGGCUCGGAAAGACAGUCUGCAGGCGCCGUUAUGGGAAUCAUCUUCCUCCUCCUCAUCCUCAUGGCCCUGCUCAGCCUGUUUGUGUGGUACAGACAGAGGCAGAGGGAAAAGGGACACGAGAUACAGCCGAGUGUGUCGUACACACAAGCCAUGCAGAUGACCAACACUGACUAUUCCCUCUCUGAUUGUGGCAGCACCGUGGCCAUAAAGACGGGUACAGCUGACCUCAACCAGAACCCGAGCAGCAGCAGCAGCAGCAGCACUGGCCAGUGCUUCUCCAACCCCAGCUACCACACCGUGGCCCAGUGCAAUGUCGUGUCCACCAUCUCCAGCAACCUGGACGCCACACUGACCCUCAAAUCAAGCACCCUGAAAAGCCGAAACGGUUCUGACUGGAGAGCCUUCUGCAACCUCAGUGAUCUCGAUGUUCAACAGGGGGAGACACAGGCUCCGAGAGGCUCCAGAAAAGAUUACAUCAAGGGAUCCAUGAACAGUCCCUGUACCCUGAACACGGAGAAUCCCUACGCCACCAUCAGGGAUCCCCCCGGGUUGGUGUGCAAGCACACAGAGAGCAGCUACGUGGAGAUGAAAUCCCCCUCCCACCGCGAGGUUCCCUUUGGAGGCACCGCCACCCUCCUAGGCGCCGCCACCAGGAACAUCUAUGAUGUCGCCAUGGCAGAGCCCACAGUGAAUGUUCUGCAGGGGCCCAACGGGAUGGCUACCGGCUUCUCCCAGAACCCUUACGACCUUCCCCGUAGCGCCCCCCACGUGCCCAACCACUAUGACAUCCUGCCAAUGCACCACAGCCCCACGCACACACCCCCAGAGAGCCCGAGCUCUCUGCUCUAGAGGACCCGCCCUGCACCCUGCAGCCAGGCCCUUUGUCUCCAUGUGCUCCACCACGGACAAGAAGGAAAGUCCACACACCAGCAAUCAUUCACCUUUUUUUUUUUUUUUUCUCAGAUCCUUCAAACUGCUUCUCGCGGAUCUUUACGGAAUUGUUCCAGACGAAGCCAUGGACAGAUUAUAGACAAACUGUGAGUGAUGGUUGUGCCCAGUGAGGAGUGUACAGCUGCAAAGAUUGAUGAUGUCCAGGCGUCACAGAUGGAAUAAAAAGUCAAUCACAGCUCACCUUCUCUGACAACAUGGAUAAAAAGCAUGGAUACAUUAAAAAAAAAAAAAAAAAAAAAGGUAAUAAUGCCACUAGUCUUUUUAUUCACGGCUCAGCGGUAAUGAGGACGGCUGUGUCAAACUUGAAAAGCUUCGUUUGUGUUGCAGUGUCAUUGAAGCUGUGAUAUAUUCAGGUCAGCAGAGUUCACUGCUGGAAAAAAAAAACAAAAAAAAACACGUCCCCAAUUUGGGACGUGCUCGUCGCUAACAAACUCUCUGGAUCUUGUGUUGUUUUCUAUGUCAGACAAGUUUUCUUGCAAAUGUCUUGCUUUACAAUUUCCUGUUUUGACCUUUAUGUUUGCUAUUUAUACAGCUAAUUCAUUUCUAAUAGUGAUGGUGGAUUUCAUUUGUGCGACAUUAGAUGAAAAAGAUGAGCAUGAACACUGAUGUACAUAACACCAAAACAUCACAUUUAUCUACUUGUGAGAUGUCAUUUUGUGAAGCCUUUUAAAUUAAAUUCUCUCUUCUCUCUUGUUCUCUCUCUCUCUCUCUCUCUCUCUCUCGUGUUCUGUGAGAUAAAUUAGGUGAAAUAAUAUUUUAUCUGACCAAUUCAACGCCUACAAAUUCCCUGUGGAGUUGUGUGUGUGGGGGGGGGGGGACAUUGCUUCAUUAAAAAAAAACAUGUUUGUAUUAAACAAUAGUCAUUUGUUAUGAGUUAAAAUGAAUGAUUCAUAUGUCCACUCCAUCACGGCUAUAGAAGCAAUAUCAAGUUGAAAAUCAUUGCCCAGUGACACUUUUCAUAUUUUACAUAUAUUUCCUCAUUGUUUGCUGUUAUAUCAAUGCUGCUUGUAGUUUUGCUGAGUACUUUUCAAAUUAAAAGCCUUUUUGACAUCACAACCUUGUUUCAAGGUAAAUAAAUGUACCGUAUUUUCCGCACUAUUAGCCGCACCUAAAAACCACAAAUUUACUCAAAAGCUGACAGUGCGGCUUAUAACCCGGUGCGCUUUAUAUAUGGAUUAAUAUUACGAUUCAUUUUCAUAAAGUUUCGAUCUCGCAACUUCGGUAAACAGCCGCCAUCUUUUU